AUGUCCUUAAAACAAUAUCCUUUUAAUGAGUAUUUGACCAAAAGGAUACCACAGAACCCAAGGUAUCAGCAUGUCAAGUCAAGACUGGACACUGGUGCCUGAGUAUAUCUUACCAGCUCCCCACCAUUGCCAGCCUGGGCCAUGAAUGGAUUGUGCUUCUGCCAAAAGAACUUCUCCUACAAUGACUCUGCAACUUCAGACCCUGAUGCUGAAAUCACUGCCAGGACCAAUGGGAAAGGGAGCCCGGGCGAGCAGUCACCCAGCCCGGUCCAGUUCAUAAACAGCACGGGAGCAGGGGACUCCAGUCGCUCGACUCUUCAGAGCGUCAUCAGUGGUGUUGGGGAACUGGAUCUGGACAAAGGGCUAGUGAAGAAAGCAGAGCCCAAUACCAAAGACAAACCUUAUCCUGACUGUCCCUUCCUGCUGCUAGAUGUGCGCGAUAGAGACUCUUACCAGCAGUGCCACAUUGUUGGAGCUUACAGUUACCCAAUUGCAACUCUGUCGAGAACAAUGAACCCUUAUUCAAAUGAUAUUCUUGAAUAUAAAAAUGCCCACGGCAAGAUCAUCAUUCUGUACGACGACGAUGAAAGGCUGGCCAGCCAGGCAGCCACCACCAUGUGCGAGCGGGGAUUUGAAAAUCUCUUCAUGCUUUCCGGAGGCCGGCUGAACCAAGCUAACUCCUCCGGAAGAGACUCCAAGGUGCCUGGUGCCCGCAGCGGUCAGAACCUGCCUGCCGGGGGCCCUGCCGGCCACUCGAACCCCCGCUCACUCAGCAGUGGACAUCAGCAAGGCAAACCCUGGAAGUAA